AUGUUGACACCCGUGAAGAAGAUUGACGUGAAGACCAACACAUCGAUCUCAGAUGCCUCGCACUCCGAAGACACCGCUGAACCGCAACCGCUUCCAGCUGACGACAACAACCCAGCUGAUGCUGCGGAUGAUGCAGACCUUGUCACGGUUAUCAAUGGGGUCCACUUUCAUCUCUGUGACUUCAUGUUCCUCGUCGAUCAGGAACCCAUCCCCCUCCACGGCUGCCCGUACACUGCAUACUUCUGGCGUACCAUCUCGCAACUCCUUGACUAUGACGAUGACAUCCGUGAAGGCGACACCAUCAUUGACGAGCCCAUUCCCGCUGGCUAUCUCGAGCUCCGCACCAAUCUCCUUGCGCUCGUUGAUCCUUGGACCAUUGGCGCUCUAUCGGAGUUACACGUUAAGGACACUGUUUGCGAUCGCAAGAAGCCGGCAAUGUCCUCGCACACCACCCACGACACCGAUGGACCGUCGUCACCGUUCAAAACCGGAGGUCGUCGCUCAGUUGCCACCCAGCCUAAGAACAAGAAGCGCAAGGUAUCGCUCCCGCCUGGGCUUGAGCACGCAUCGUACACCCCAGCAGACUUGGAAGUCAUCAAUUACACGAUGAUCAGGAGUGUUCGCACGAAGAUGCGGCAGGAGCAGCAUUGGAAGGAGAACAAGCUUCGUCGUCGCAAGUAA